AUGAAUUUAUUCGCUACCUUAAUUUUGCUAUUAGCCAUUUCGAACACUGUAACAUGUAAAUUCAUUUGUGGCAAUCCUGAUCCAACUCCCUUGCAACAUACAAUAGAAGUUCAACAGGAUAACACUGUGAAAAGAAGUGCACAACCCGCAAGCUUGAAGUUCUACAUAACUUACCUUGAUGGCUUUAACCAAUUACAAGAGUCUCAGAGAAUCAAGACACUAGUUGAAGAUGCGACAAGAUUCUGGGAAAGAGCAUUGACAGUCAAAAAUCCAGGAACUGGGAAGCAAUUAGUAAAAAGAUACUGUAGCGACAACAUAUACUACACAGUUAAAGAAAACAACUCCUUAUACUGUGUAGGUUCAAGAUGUAAUAGAAAGGCUACUUGUGGUCCUUUAGAAGUCCCCGAUGAAUAUACAGCUGAAUGCUUCGAACAACACCAUGGCACUUUGUACCGAUACUAUCAUAAUGGAAGUGGUAUACCAGCAAACGGUUAUGUGCUAAUUGUUGAUGCAGGCUAUAGAGGAGCAUGUUCAGGUUCAACAGCAGCCUAUGCCGGACCAUGUCAUAUGGAUCCUGUAACUGACAGGCCAAAUGUUGGAUAUGUGAACUUAUGUCCAGGUCAGAUGGAUCUUUCAUAUCCAGGUGGUAAAAGUUUGCCAGGCAUUAUAAUCCAUGAGAUAGGUCAUGCACUGGGAUUUCUGUCCAAUGGUUUUCCAUUUAUGCGUGAUUCAAAAGGGAACCCUAGAACAAAAAGAGGUCCUGAUAAUAAACCAAUAUAUAAAGACAGAAAUGGAAAUUAUCUUUCAAGUAACAAUACCGUCAAAAUGAUCACAAGAAAUUGGUUGAGUGCUGCAGGAAAAUUUACAAGAACGCCUGGAUCGUUUGUUACUCCUAAAAUUUUGGCUUUUGCCAGGAAAUAUUUUGCCUGUCCAAAUUUAGAUGGGGUUGAUUUAGAAAACUAUAAUGUAAUAGGGGCAGUUGGAUCUCACUGGGAAGCCAGACUAUUUCAAAACGAGGUCUUGUCACCAGUAAUAUUAAUAGACUAUUCUGUUUCCCAACUUACUUUGGCUUUCUUUGACGAUUCAGGAUGGUAUAAUGUUAAUUACAAGACGGCUAUGAGAAUGGAAUAUGGCAAAGGUUUAGGAUGCAACUUCGCAACAAAGAGUUGUUUUGAAUACGCCGAAAUUCAAAGACGACAACAAAAAUCAUUCAAACCUUUCUGUGAUGAUAAUCGUCAAGCAACGUGUAAAGAUACUUACUCUUAUGGAGUUUGCCACAUAUAUACAUAUCCCAGUGGUGUACCCCGAGAAGAUCAGUUUUUCAAAACUCCACCAUAUAGUUCUCCCUACAGUGCUGCUUAUUUUGGAGGUGAUGAUCCGCACAGAGAUUUCUGUCCAACACAAACGUAUGUAAGUGGCUUGGGCGAUUAUACAGCAACAUCUUUCUGCACCCAUACAGAAAAUAUACAAAGAUCACAGACAGGGACUAACUACUACCUUCAAACCUACGGCAAGAAUUCCAUUUGUUUAAAUCAUCGUGGAAAAUGGAUCUAUAGUACUCACUACAACCUGACUUUAACUGAUUAUCUGCAGGGAAGUUGUCAUAAAUAUGAAUGUACACGUGAUAAAAAACUCAAUGUUUACUUUAAAAGUGCCAAAGUGUCAUGUCAAAGAAGCGGUGAAGUUCAAUUUAGUGUAAGAGACGGAAAUGUUAAACUUACUGGAGCAAUAGUAUGUCCAAAUCCAAAGAUAUUUUGCAAGUGAUUAGUGUCAUCGUCGCUUGAAACUGAAAAUAUACUACCUUCAAAGUUAUGCUACCCUAAUUACUGUGGAUCAAAGUGUAUUUUUAUAAAUUUGAAAUAACUAUUAACUCUGAUCAAUCUAUUUCAAGUGUCAUUCGUACACAAAUGUACCUCAGAUGAUGCAAAAUUAUACCGAAAUAAAUUAUAC